ACAAAGAGGAAUUCUACUUUCCUUUUUAUUUUAUUUUUCUAUAGCAAGAAAGCUGUGCCUUCAAGCAUCGUGCAUGCAUUUGACCUCCCCCUUUCUAUUUUCUCUCUCCUCUUUCUCUUCCUCUUUCUAUUCAAAAUUUUUCAUGUCGAUUCCUUCUCUCUUCGAUCGCCGAUCGCAUUAGAAAUCUUCGAAGACGAUCUCGAUGACUUCGAAGCGGUGCAUGAACGGUGGAUGCGGUGCCACGUUGUCCGCCGAGGAUUGGAGGAGGGGCUGGGCGCUGAGAUCGGGCGGAUUCGCUACGCUCUGCGAUAAGUGCGGAAUGGCAUAUGAGCAAUCAGUUUUCUGCGACUUGUUUCACCAGAAAGAGUCUGGCUGGAGGGAGUGCCUUUUGUGUGGCAAGCGGCUUCAUUGUGGAUGUAUUGCUUCCAAAUCUUUAUUCGAACUACUAGAUGGCGGAGGAGUCCAGUGUAUUAGCUGCAUGAAGAAUUCUGGACUUUCUGGACUUUCUUUUAUUCCAAGUGAAACCAUUCAAGAAUUUUUGCCUCAAUCCAGUCAAAGAGUUCUCUCUCUAGCAGGUAGAAGUCUAAAAGACGAGAAGGCAAAUGAAGACUCCAACGUACGAGUGGACGAGGAUGUAAUUAGCAAGGGCAAGGCCAUUCAGUUAGGCAAAAACAUGGAGGUUAACGGACAAAACAAUAUGCUUCUGGGCCGAAGAGAAAGCUUAAGUGGAUCUUUUGGGCAUAUUAAAAGAGAGCAAAUGGCAUUUCAUGCAGGGAAGGUGGGAAAUGCACAUAUUUCAAAUCAAGCUCAUAUUGCAUCAUCUCAAGUUUCCCAACGAGAUUAUGGUAAAGAUGUUAUGAAGGAUAACAUGCUAUGUGAAUCACUCACGCAGGCUUGUUUGAAUAUCAGCUUGGGGAAUUCAAACCAAAGAACCACUAUGGAACCUGCUCUUAGUACUGGAAUUCGCCCAUCUAGUGGAGUUGAAGAUGGAAGGGAUCAAAGUAGAUCACUAUCUGCUUUGCAGCAAGCGCAAAGGGCCCGCCAUCUUCUUCCCAAGCCAUCCAAAACAGGCCAAACAUUUUCUUCAGAGGCAUCAAAGGAGAUGCUUUCAAAUAUGCGUGUCGCAAGACCCCCUGCUGAAGGUAGGGGACGGAAUCAGUUACUUCCACGUUACUGGCCUAGGAUCACAGAUCAAGAACUACAGCAAAUAUCUGGAGAUUCUAAUUCAACCAUCGUUCCACUAUUUGAGAAAGUUUUGAGUGCAAGUGAUGCUGGGAGGAUUGGUCGUUUAGUUCUUCCUAAGGCAUGUGCAGAGGCCUAUUUCCCUCCAAUUUCUCAACCAGAAGGUCUUCCAUUAAAGAUUCAAGAUGCUAAGGGAAAAGAGUGGCAUUUCCAGUUUAGAUUUUGGCCAAAUAAUAACAGCAGAAUGUAUGUUCUGGAGGGUGUUACUCCAUGUAUACAGUCCCUGCAAUUGCAAGCUGGUGAUACAGUAACUUUCAGUCGGAUGGAUCCUGAAGGAAAACUCAUUAUGGGAUUUCGAAAGGCGACUAACUCUGUGCCUUUGCAGGAUUCUCAGAUAUCUGCAAUUGCUAAUGCUGGUCUUGGCAAUGAAACUUUCUUUUCGGGUGUUACUGAGAACCUAUCUAUAGUAAGUGGUUACUCUGGACUUCUUCAGUCACUGAAGGGAACUGCGGCUCCGCGCUUGAGCUAUUUUUCUGAACAUUUGAAUUUAGCUGACAGUGAUGUUAGUUGGCAAAAGACAGACACUCAUGGAGGCAGGUCAAAUGACGGAUUCCUGUUGCAGCCUUCACUGGCUCAAGAGAAGAAAAGAAGCCGUAAUAUUGGUGGCAAAAGCAAGAGGCUACAUAUGGAUAACGAUGACGCUUUAGAACUGAAGCUUUCAUGGGAGGAGGCACAAGACUUGCUGCGCCCACCUCCAAGUGCCAAACCUAGUGUUGUAAUGAUCGAGGAUCAGGAGUUUGAAGAAUACGAGGAACCCCCAGUUUUUGGCAAGAGAACAAUUUUCACAGCCCAAUUAUCUGGGGAACAAGAUCAAUGGAUUCAAUGUGAUGAUUGCUUCAAAUGGCGUCGUUUGCCUGUGGAUGUUCUUGUUCCUUCAAACUGGACGUGUGCUGACAACACAUGUGACCCGAGAAGAUCUUCUUGUUCUGUGCCGGAUGAAUUGAGCCCAACAGAAAUACAUAAUCUUCUUCGACAGGAUGCAGAAAUAAAAAUGAUGAGAACUCCAUCAAUCUCCAAGCAGAACACUCCAGACUUUGAAGCAUCCGGCCUCGACGCCUUAGCCACUGCUGCAUCUAUCGGUGACACAACAAAUCAAGCCACAGUCUCAGCUUCUGCAACUACAACCAAGCACCCAAGGCACCGUCCAGGCUGCACUUGCAUUGUUUGCAUCCAGCCCCCCAGUGGCAAAGGCCCAAAACACCACCCAAAUUGUACAUGUAAUGUGUGUUUAACUGUAAAACGACGGUUUAAAACCCUAAUGCUUCGCAAGAAAAAGCGACAGUCUGAGCGUGAAGAAGCUGAAGCCAACAAAAGGUUGAUGCUUCCAUGGGGAGCCAAAGAAGAAAUUGAAGGGAGUAGUAUCCAAAAGGAGAAUGAAUUGGGCAUAGACGCUGGAAAAGCCACUGUAGUGGGUGAUAUUGAUACAGGAAAAGGGAAGAUAGAUUUGAAUUGCCAACCAGAGGGGCUUCAGUCUUCAUCUAGGGUUAGCAUGAUGAGCCUACUUCAUGUGGCUAGUCUCCCAUUGGAGAAUUAUUUGAAGCAGAAUGGACUUACGAGUUUGACCUGUGAACAGCAGGUGAGCUCGAGUUCAGUUACGGUUCCACAAGCAAUGCCUGUUGAUGAGAGCGAGGAGAGGACACCUGAUGAAGAGGGCAGUGGUGAUGAAGGGCAUAUUUGCUCCGAAACUGCGAAAAGUGAUGCAUCUUGAAACUUUACGCAUAGUCUUGGUUUGGAAAUGGGCAUAUUUGUUGUGAAUGACAAUACUACACGAUCCUUAUCUUUUUUUCCCUGGUUUCACCUGUGCCUUUCCCUUGGUGGGUAUAUGUGUGUUAUGUCUGGCUUUAUUGAAUAUUCAUUUGUGCUAGUGAGGCUAUAGCAGGUUCAUAGAUUACCACAGGUUGUGUUCAUUGUUUGGUUGGAUUUUUUUAUGAUGUUAUAUAAUGGUUGGUACUUGUUUUC